AUGCAGAGCUUUUGUGUCACAGAAGGAUGUCUGGCAUUUUUACCUAGAGGUAAAGUUAGGGGAAAUAGAGGGUCAAGCAUGGUGUUUCGAGUGCGAUGGGCUUUUUUGACUUCUGAUCACUGCAUACAACGCAAACAGCAUGUGCAGCACAACCCCAUUCAAGUCUCCCGCCCUACCUCACUACCUACUACUAACGGGGAUAUCAGCGCUCCAGUGUCCAGCCAAAUACCCACCCCGUCAUCAUGGUGCGGGAGACGGGCGACGGGCGACCGGGGGAGGGGCACGCAGACGGAGUAUGGAGUACCCAGUCUUCAGAAAACUAUCAACCCAGCAGACUGUCGCAUCUUGCCCAACUAUCGCUUCAUGGAGCCUACAAACCUAAUUGAUCCCGGUUGGAUCCAGCCGCACCUCAAAGAGGAAGAAGUUCAUUGGCAGUUUCGACGUGAUGCUUGUGUGUUUGCGGCACAUGGUAGCCUACUGGGCGAGGUGAUCGCCUUCAAUCAAAGCAGGUUGAGCAGGAUGGGUGACUGCUAUUUCACAGCAUUGCCCAAAGGUAACAUGAAUGAUCCUCCAGAGUGGUUCUUUACCUGCCUAAUGCCUGCUUCCGAGUCAUCCGCUUGCUGUUCGAUCGAUUCAUCAGGUCGGCCAAUCCAAGAUUUGUUGAGGCUUCUUGGUGAGGAUUCCCCAGUCCUCGACGUCAUACAUCUCUUCCUCAAUCGCCAAGUGACGAGAGCAGAAAACAUGAUACAACGAUCUAAUCUGAGGAAGCAGUCCUCCGGAAGAUUGAAAAACAUGGACAAACAAACUACUCUCAAACAACUACCGUACUGUACUCGUGUACCCAGAACCAGUCAGUACACUUGA